CACGGGCAAGAGCCGCCAUUUUGACUGAGCAACCAUAGUGACAGGAGCCGAAGCAGCAGCGCAGGUUGUCCCCGUUUCCCCUCCCCCUUCCCUUCUCCGGUUAACUACCCGGGUCCCCUACACUCCACAGUCCCGGUCCCGUCAUGUCCCAGAAACUAGAAGAAGAGAACCCUGCGGAGGAGACCGGCGAGGAGAAGCAGGACACGCAAGAGAAAGAAGGUAUUCUCCCUGAGAGAGCUGAGGAGGCAAAGCUAAAGGCCAAAUAUCCAAGUCUAGGACAAAAACCUGGAGGCUCUGACUUCCUCAUGAAGAGACUUCAAAAAGGGCAAAAGUACUUUGACUCAGGAGACUACAACAUGGCCAAAGCCAAGAUGAAGAAUAAGCAGCUGCCGAGUGCAGGACCAGACAAGAACCUGGUGACUGGUGACCACAUCCCCACCCCACAGGAUCUUCCCCAGAGAAAGUCCUCACUCGUCACCAGCAAGCUUGCGGGAAGGCAGAGUGACUUCUUUCAUCAUGACGUGCCAACCUGCAUUUCUGGAAUCCUGCCACUGAAAGGAGUUAAAAGCUGCUUGUGAAUGAAAGGUACUAAAGAAACAUUAGCAAGGGAGAAACAACUCAGCUGCCCCUCCCUUCCACCAUGCAUCCCGUAGAUACAAGUAGAUAGAAACCACUGGCCCAUUUAGCCCUCCUUUGAUUAGGAGCUGAUCAUGUUUUUUUGGCCAAAUGUGAUUAGCUUUUGUACCGUUUAUGCUGUGUGAGAUAAACAAGGUCUGGGAGACAGAUAUUCCAGAGAAAUCCCCAUUGUGUUAAGGGAUGGGGAGCAUCUUGGAAACUGACAAAGGAAUCUUGCUUUCAGCAUCUGGCUGUUCCUACCUGCCCCCCAACCCCUGCCCUAUUUUUUUUUUUUCCCCUUAAUCAGAAGCUUUCCAAAUAAAUUUUCAACUACUUGGGAUGUUUCUGGCUUGCUCUCUCCUGAUUUAGCCAGGGGAUUGUGGUAUAUCCUGACCAUAUGUCUGUCAAUUAUUUAUUUAAUUAAUUUUUUGUGGUAUUGGGGAUUGAUCCCAAGGCUGCAUGAAAGUCAAGCAUUCUACUACUAAGUUGUAUUCCCAGCCCUUAAUUUUUUUGAGAUGGGAUCUUGUCUCACCAAAUUGCCAAGGCUGGACUUUAACUUUCAAUCCUGCUACCUCAGCCUCCUGAGUAGCUAGGAUUGUAGGAUGCCUGGUCGCAUCUGCCUUUAGGAGCAGCAGGCUAGUCUUUAAGUGAGCAAGGUGGUAUGCAGGUAUAUUAAUCUUUUAUUUUUUGGUACUGGGGAUUGAACCAAGGGCCCCUUUACCUCUUAGCUAUAUCUCCAGCCCUUUUUACUUUUGAGACAGGGUUUCGCUAAGUUGUGUAGGGCUCUUCUUGAACUUGGUGUCCUCCUGCCUCAGUUUUCUGAGUUGCUGGGAUUACAGGUAUGUGCCCUUCCUUGUUCCCAGUGGCAUGAAGAUACAUUAAAAGCACUCUCUCUCUCAUUGUGAAGUUUAUUGUCUAAAAUGAAAGAAAAUGAUAUGUGAAAAAGUUGUUUUAACAGUUAUAAACAAGUCUUAAAAAGCUAUAUAUUCUAGGGAUGCAAAUUAAUUUAUUGCUUAUCAUGGUGGAUUGGUGAAUGUUCUCAAUCCCAUGACUUCUUUCUGAGUACAUAAUCCCUGGUGUAAGUUUGCCAAGUGGAUAGGCUGGGGGAUGAGGUCAGAGAAGCUGAAUGUGGGAUCAUUUAGAUAGUGAAAUUUCAUUUUAAUACAGGUGAGGAAGUUGAGGUAUAAAAAUAAGUUACUUGGUGGGACUGUGGUUGUGGCUCAGUGGUAGAGCGCUUGCCUAGCAUGUGUGAGCACUGGGUUCAAUCCUCAGCACCACAUAAAAAUAAAUUAAAAACAUAAAGUCAUUCUGUCCAUUUAAAAUAAUAAGUUACUUGGGCUGGGGUUGUGGCUUGGUGGUAGAGCACUUGCUAGUAUAUGUGAGGCACUGCGUUUGAUUCUUAGCACUUCAUGUAAAUUAAAAGUCCAUCAGUAACUAAAAAAAAAAAAAAUUUAAUAAGUUACUUGUAGGGCUGAGGAUGCUCAGUUGAUAGAGUGCUUGCCUCACAUGCACAAGGCUCUGGGUUCAACCCCCAGCACCACCAAAAACAAAAAAAGUGGCAAGGCAAGUUAGCUGAAGAGCCUGAGUUAGUAUCUAGGUUUUUAUAUUAUUUGGGUUUCCUUGUCCUUAAUUUUAAGCUGUAGCUUUGGUAAUCUUGAGUACCAAGAAAUGUUUGUGGCUACCUAUAUUUCUGUUUGAAACUUGACAUUUAUUUUCCUUUACUCCCAUAUUCUCUCAUACUCUGAAGAGCUAGGCAGCCAGGGAAAAUGAAUUCUGCAGUGCUUCAGAUAAUUAUUCCUACUUGAUAUGUUAGCUAGGCAUUUUCCAAAAUCUAUCACAGAGUUAAGCCAAAGACUCUUCUGCUCCAGCAUGGUUGGGUGGUGAUCAUGCUGACAAGCUCUUGGCUGAGCCAUCUUUAUGGCGGCAGGAAUGGAGUCACCAUGAUUGUCCAGCAGCAUAUGAAGCUAGUGUAGCCUGGGCAUAGAAAAGGCAGACAAAAGAAAAAUAGCUCUUCUCUGUACAUGUAUUGGGAUCUGUUCUACCCUAGAGAUAAAAGGACGAUAUUGGCAUAGUUCCGAAACUAAGGGAAGGAGAGUCAGGAAAUGAGUUGUCAGCUGGAUGUUAUUAGAGAUGGAUGACUUAUUAGUAAAGAUAAUGUAAAACUUCCUAUGCUUGUGAAUAUUUUAAUUUACAAAUAAUUGUUGACUACUCACUUUUGGAUUGAAAAUGUUAGCUGUUGUUGAGUAGAUAAACAAAGUAAGAGAUGCUGUCUACCCUACAAGAACAUGUAUAGCUUCACUGGAAUUACAACUUGUAAUGCAAGAUAGUGUAUGAUUAAUCAGGCAGUAGAAUUCUGAGAAGGGAAAAAUCCAUCUGGACUUCUAGGUAAAUAUUAGUGAAGGAAACAGAAAUUGAACUGGGCCUUGAAAGGUAGGUAGUAUUUAAAUAAUACAGUAAUCAUUUAGUAAGUGCCCACAAUAUGUGAGGCACUAAAAUGCAAGGUGAGUGAUAUAGAUUAGCUUUUUUUUUUUUUUUUUUUUUUAUGGUACUGGGGAGAUUGAACUCAGGGACACUCAACCACUGAGCCAAAUCCCCAGCCAUAUUUUGUAUCUUAUUUAGAGACAGAGUCUCACUGAGUUGCUUAGCUUCUUGCAGUUGCGGAGGCUGGCUUUGUAGAUGCUUCCUUCAAGAAGAUUAUACUCUAGUGGGAAACACACAAGUGAACAAACAAUCUCUUAUUACAGUGUUAAACUUGCAGCAGUGGAGGUGCAACUAUGUAGAGGAAUAGGGUUGUGUAAUUAAUAAUAAUUUUUAAUGUAAGCAUUCUUACUAUUUUCAUUAUACAAAAGAGAAAGCUAAGACAAAAAAUUCCCUUUAAAAGGAGAAAAGAGGAGGCUGGGGUUGUGGCUUAAUGGUAGAGUACUUGCCUCAUAUGCAUGGGGCACUGGGUUUGAUCCCCAGCACCACAGAGAGAGAAAAAAAAAUUAAAUUAACAAAGCUGUUGUGUCCAUCUACAACUAAAAAAAAAAUUAGGAAAAAAAUAAAGGAGAAGGGCUGGGGCUGUAACUUAGCGGCAGAGCACUUGCCUAGCUGGCAUGAGGCACCAGGUUCAAUCCUCAGCACCACAUAAAAAUAAACAAAUAAAAUAAAGGCAUUCUGUCUAUCAACAACUACAAAAAAAUAAAAAAUAAAAAUAAAAAAGGAGAAAAGAGAAGAAAAAACAGAGGCAAAAUUAUUUUUCCCAAGCCCAAGUCAUACAGGUUCUUUUUUCUUUCCUUUUCUUUUUUUUUUUUUUUUUUUGGUACCAGGGAUUGUACCCCAAGUGUACUUACUUAACAACUGAGCCACAUCCCAAGCCCUUGUUAAUUUUUUGAGACAAAGUCUAGCUAAAUUACUGAGUCUGGCUUUGAACUCCUGAUCGAUCCUCUUGCCUCUGCCUCCCAAGUCACUGGGAUUAUAGGCAUGUGCCACCAUGCCUGGCAGAGAUUAUCCAUUUGAUUUAACCUUUUUGAGACCAAUUUUAAUAGACUGGUUGAGAUGGAAUCUGGCUUGUAGAAAUGAGUGAUGUGGGAAGGUAUUUUUUGUUUUAGAAUGAAAAUAAGUUAGGAAUAUUUGUUGGCUGAGCAAAAAGAAUAAAUAAAAGUUGAAAUUCAAACAGAAUGGUAAUAAACAAAAAGCAGGGUUCUUAAAGAUAAAGGAGAACAUGCAGGGACUGGAGUUGUAGCUCUGGGGUAGAGUGCUUGCCUCGUAUGUGUGAGGCACAAGUUCGAUUCCCAGCACCACAUCUAAAUAAGCAAAUAAAAUAAAGGUCCAUCAACAACUAAAGAAAAAAAAAAGGAGAACAUGCAAUAAGAGCACAGUAGAUGUGGUUCAAUUACACAAUAGUCCAGUUCAGCAAGCAUUUGUUGAGCAUACUGUGUGCCAACCUCCAUAUUAGUGUUAGACUGGUUGGGAAGCCAACUCAGUAAGCAAUUAGUCUCAAGUAGGAGGAUGUAUACUUCAUCCUGCUUGAGAUUGAAGGUGAAAAAGGAACAUGGAUAAAUUCCCAGAUGUUUGUGAUUGGGGGUAAGUAAUCAAAGGGAGUCCUUGUCUGAAAAUUAAUUUUCUUUGUAAAGUAGGAUGUUGAGUUUUUGGUUGGGAAUUGGGCAGGGAGCUUAAUAAUAAUAGCCAAGCUGCUCUCCCUCUGGAGAUGGCCAGCAUUCUCUCUUGAAUAUGUAUUUUUUACUUUGCCCCAAAAGCUUAUCAUUCUCAAGAUGGCCAGUAUUUUCCCUCGAAUGCUGUGAUUGUGUAUUUACCCCAAAAGAUGAAUCUCCCUUUAGAUAGCCUACACUCUCCCUUGAUUAUGUAUCUGCUUUCCUAAAUAAAUUUAUGUCUUAAAAAAAAAAGGAGCGAGAGCUUGGAGAUGUAGCUCAUUGGUACAGAGCUGGCUUAGCAAGCAAAGGCUCUGAGAUCAAGCCCCCACACCACAAGAAGGAAAAGGAAGAGAGCUAGCAAUGUAGCUCAAGGGUAGAGCUUUCCUAACAUGUGCAAAGACCUGGGUUCAUUCCCCAGUACCACAAACAAACCAAAGAGCUGACAAACACAAUAUUAAGGGCUGGGGAUACAGCUCAGUUGGUAGAGUGCUUGCCUCACAUGCUUGAGGCCCUGGAUCUGAUCCUCAGCAUCACACACACACACAAAAGUAUAUUAAAAAGAUAUAUUUAUGCUGAUACUGCCUUCAUUUAUUUAUUUAGUAUUUAUUUUGGUACUAGGAAUUGAACCCAGGGCACUUUACCACUGAGCUUUACCCCAAGCCCUUUUUAUAUCUAAAUAAGCAAAUAAAAUAAAGGUCCAUCAACAACUAAAGAAAAAAAAAAGGAGAACAUGCAAUAAGAGCACAGUAGAUGUGGUUCAAUUACACAAUAGUCCAGCAAGCAUUUGUUGAGCAUACUGUGUGCCAACCUCCAUAUUAGUGUUAGACUGGUUGGGAAGCCAACUCAGUAAGCAAUUAGUCUCAAGUAGGAGGAUGUGGGAAAGUUCUUUCUAAGUUGCCUAGGGCCUUGCUAAAUUGCUAAGGCUGGCUUUGAACCUGCCACCCUCCUGCCUCAGGCUAGAAUUACAAGCAUGGGCCACUGUGCCCAGCUAUUAGUGCUGUUUUCUACAGCAGUACUCAGCUGCCUGGGUUCAAAGCCAGAGAAGAAGACAUUGUGUAAUUCCUGAUAAUUUUAAAAAAAUUUUUUUUAGUUGUUGAUGGACAUUUAUUUUAUUUAUUUGUACGUGGUCCUGAGAAUUGAACCCAAUGCCUCACACAUGCUAGGCAAGCACGCUACCACUGAGCCACACCCCAGCCCAUAAUUCCUAAUCAUGAUUUGUAGACACAAAAAGUAGACUGAUGAGAAAAAGGGAAAGAAGGUCCUGGUGAAAGAUAGUUUAAGGAAACAACCUAACUCUAGCUUAAAUAAGACACUAGGCUUGGGGCUGGGGUUGUGGCUCAGUGGUAAAGCGUUUGCCUAGCAUGCAUGAGGCACUGGGUUCGAUUCUCAGCACCAUAUACAAAUAUUAAAAAAUAAAGAUCCAUCAACAACUAAAAAAUAUCUUUAAAAAAAAAGGAAAGAAAGAAACUAGGCUAAAGAGUGAGAAGAUGCUCAAGAAAAAUCUAUAAGGCCAAAGAGCAGAUGAUUUAGAGGUUAGAAUUAAGCUAGAAGCUCUGAACAUUGUAGUUAGAAUGAUGUUGGAGUUUAAUAUUUUGAGCUGGGCAUGGUGGCACAUGCCUAUAAUCCCAGCAGCUCAGGAGGCUGAGGCGGGAGGAUUGUGAGUUCAAAGCCAGCCUCAAUAACUUAACAAAGUCGGAUAUGUGGCUCAGUGGUUGAGUGCCUCUGGUCUCAAUCCCCAGACCAAAAUCAAAAAAAUUUUUGAUUUGAUCUGGAACAGUAGUGCACACCUAUAAUCCCAGCAACUCAGGCUGGGGCAGGAGGAUCAGAAAGUCAAGACCAGCCUCAGCAACUUAUCAAGGACCUAAACAACUAAAUAAAACCUUGUUUCAAAAACUAAAAGGCCUGGGGAUGUAGCUCAGUGGUAAAGUGCCCUGGGUUCAAUUCCCAGUACAAAAAAAAAAAAAUGAUUUUAGAGUUGGAAUUCUUCAGUGUAAUAAUAUGGGCAAUGGAGAUGGGUGUUUGAAGUAAAGUAGGAGUUUUAAAUUACUAAGAGAAUUCUUAAUAUCCAGCUGUGAAGGUAGGUGGCUCCUAUAUCUGGUUUUGCACUGGUCUUGUUAAAAACUGAAGUUUUUUACAAAAGGAAAAUAAAAGUCUCUGUUUAGAAAAAAAUUAUGGAGGUUAGAGAGUUGGAUCAAUAAAUCAAGAUGUUUAAAUGAAUCCAGAAUUUUCAGGAGUGGGUAGGAGAUGAAGCCAAGUGCCAAUACUGGCAAAGAAGUAACCAAAAAUAGCAGAGAAUCUAAACAGUUUGACCUGAUGAAAUUAACUCCAAAACAGAAAGGGCCCUUGGAAGGGCUGAGGGUUAGCCCAGUAGUAGAGCACUUGCCUAGCACAUGCAAGGCUUUGGGUUCAAUCCCUACCACCACAAAAUAUAAAAAUAAACAUAUUGGAGGAACAGUGGUCUGAAAAUGAUACCAAGAGGCUGUGUAUCUCAAUUCUCCCACUUUUUGGUAUAGGGGGUGGAGGAACCCUUAGGUCAGCCAAUAAAUCAGUGUACUAGGAGAAACCUAACUGUAAUUUGAAUAAAUAUGUUGAGGGGUAAGGGGUAAGUAUCAGAGAAAUGAGGGGACCAAGGAUGAAAGUAUAGGUGAGUGGGAAAGUUCUGCAUUUGGGGCACGGUUCAAUGAUUAUAAAGAUGGAAGAUAGGCCUGGUGUGGUGGCAUGUGCCUGUAAUCCUGGCAGCUCAGGAGGAUUGUGAAUUCAGAGUCAGCCUCAGCAAUUUAACGAAGCCCUAAGCAACUUGGAUCAUAGUCUCUAAAUAAAAAUAUAAGAAAGGCCUGGGGAUGUGAUUCAAUGGUUAAGCAUCCCUGGGUUCAAUCCCCUGAACCAAAAAUAAUAAGAUGGAAGAUAUCCAGGCAUCGUGGUGUACACCUAUAAUCUCAGUGACUCAGGAGGCUGAGGCAGGAUUGCAAGUUAGAGGCCAACCUCAGCAAUUUAGUAAGACCCUAAGUUGCUUAGCAAGACCCUCUCUCAAAAUAUAAAAAGGGCUGGGGAUGUGACUCAGUGGUAAAAUGACCCGGGUUCAAUCCCCAGUACAAAAAAAAAAAAAGGAAAAUAAUUGUGCAAUGAAAUAAAAUAACGUUAAGUUUCCCAACUUUGGUUUAAAAGUUGUCUCCUCUGCCAUACUUCUUUCAAGCAAAAACAAAAAGAGAAGCAGAAGAAAUUCAAAGAGCUAAAUUAAUUUAAGGCCACAGGGAAUGUGCCCCUGGCCACAGCUGAAAUUAACAAAACUAAAAAAAUAAGCUAUUCCUUCUGCCUGAGAUGAUGGUGACCCUUGAUUUCAUUCCUAUUUAAAUAUCUAGAUUCCUUACCACAAUAACUUUUGCCACUUAACAUCUAGAAAGAAGUGUUGUCUUGGAGUCUUACACAUUUAAGAAUAAAAUUUUAGGCUGGGCACCUGUAGUUCCAGCUACUCAGGAAGCUGAUUGGGAGGAUCAUUUGAGCAUAGGCGUUCAAUACCAGCCUGGACAAUAUAGCAAGACCCUGUCUCCAAAAAAAAAGGGGGGGGGCUGGGGUUGUGGCUCAGCGGUAUAACACCAAGCAUAUGCGAGGCCCUGGGUUCAAUCCUCAGCAUCACAUAUAAAUAAAUAAAAUUUAAAAAAAAAUGCUAAGCAUGGUCUCAUAUGUCUAUAAUGCCAGCUACUCAGGAGGCUGAGAUAAAAGCAUUACACAUUACACAAGUUCAAGGCCAGCCUGGGUAACUUAGGAAGACCCUGUCUCAUGUCUCAAACAAAAGGGCUCGGGAUGUAGCUCAGUGAUAGACUGCUUGCCUAGCAUGUGUGAAACUUGGGUUUGAUCAGGCCCACUUCUCAGGGUGCUGGUGGUAGACAGGUCAAGAUUCCACCUCUGAGAAGACACUGCAGGAAAAAGAUAAUAGGAUAUUAUCUUUUGAUUACAAAGAAAAGUAAAUAAAAACAGAAGAGGAUCCUUCAUUCACUCAUGUAACAUUUACUGAACUACCAUAUAGCAGAUACUUUCUGGAUUCAACAAUAAACAGAGUAAAGCCUCAAAACCAACAAAUCAGGAAAUACAAAGCAUACAGAAAAGUAUUUUGUAUAGCUUUGAAGGGCCUUUGAAUUCUACAUUCCUCUGCUCUUGGGUUUUAUAGUCUGAUCCUGUGCUCAGAUGCAAUCAUAGGUCAAACUGUCUUCAAUGACUUCCGACCUCUACAUUCAUAAUCUCUUCCUCUCACUUCAGGAAGGAAACAAUGUCCUUUGCUACAUCUUUCCUUAAAGAGACAACUGACCUAGAAUUGCUCUUGUGAAAGAAAGGUGGUAGGUCUAGGUAGAGCCUUAUUUUCUGACUCCCCCAUAACCCUUCCCUUUGUACUUAUCAAAAGGCUAAAGCUUAUGUAACUGACAAGGACAGGAUUCACUGUGUGGUUUGGGUCUGUGAAACCCUAGGGUACAAUUCCAGAACAAUGGGAAUAUAGUGUCCCUUAGAGUUAUAAGUGGGUAGCGUUCAGCCUGCUUUCACAAGUUAUGUAAUCAACCAAAUAUCUUAGGCUUGGCGAAGUACCCUUUUUCUUUUCUUUUUUAAAAAUAGUUUUAGUUAUAGAAUGGACACAAUAAGUUUAUUAUAUUUUUGGUACUGGGGAUUGAACUCAAGGGCAUUCAAACACUGAGCCACAUCCCCAGCCCUAUUUUGUUAUUUUAUUUAAAAACAGGGUCUCACUGAGUUGCUAAGCACCUCACUUUUUGUGUGUGUGGUGCUGGGAUUGAACAUGUGUGCCUUGCUUUUGCUGAGGUUGGCUUUGAACCCUCAAUCCUCCUGACUCAGCCUCCCAAACCACUGGGAUUACAGACGUGUGCCACUGCACCUGGCUUAUUUGCAGCGAUUUUUUAUGUGUUACUGAGGAUUGAACCCAGUACCUCACAUGUGCUAGGCAAGAGCAUAAACAGCCCCAAAGUAUCCUUUGAUUCUUUUUUUUUUUUUUUUUAAGAAUUUUGAGAGAGGGGCUGGGGAUGUGGCUCAGGCGGUGGCGCGCUUGCCUGACGUGUGUGGCCUGGGUUCGAUCCUCAGCACCACAUACAAACAAAGAUGUUGUGUCCGCCAAAAACUAAAAAAUAAAUAUUGAAAUUCCCUCUCUCUCUCUCUCAAAAAAAAAUAAAAAAAAAAAAAAAAGAAUUUUGAGAGAGGGGCUGGGGAUGUGGCUCAAGCCGUAGUGCGCUCACCUGGCAUGCGUGUGGCCUGGGUUCUAUCCUCAGCACCACAUAGGAAAAAAAAACAACAACAAAGAAAACUAAAAAAAAAAAAAAAAGUAAAUAAGAAUUUUGAGAGAGAGAGAAUUUUAAUAUUUAUUUUUAGUUUUCGGCGGACACAACAUCUUUGUUUGUAUGUGGUGCUGAGGAUCAAACCCGGGCCGCACGCAUGCCAGGCAAGCGCGAUACCACUUGAGCCACAUUCCCAGCCCCAAAGUAUCCUUUCUUAUGUAUGUAGUAUUAAGAUUGAACCUGGGCUGGGGGUGUGGCUCAAGCGGUAGCGCGCUCGCUUGACAUGCGCAAGGCGCUGGGUUCGAUCCUCAGCACCACAUACAAAUAAAAUAAAGAUGUUGUGUCCACCGAAAACUAAAAAAUAAAUAAGUAUUUAAAAAAAAAAAAAAAAAAA